AUGGAUACAGAGGCGGAGUACCUCUCAGAAGAAGGUGCGGUCGCUGGAACUUGAGGUCCUUUCCUGGAUAUCAAAAAUUCUCACUCGAACACACCACCAGCAAAUGUCUGAGAUUUGGCUGACGAACGUACAGGGGGUGUAGUAUUACAGUAAACAUUUGUCGCGAAACCACAUGCACUACCAUGCAACUUUGUCAACAUUUGCACGAGUAACCAGAACGAGUAACCGAAUCCUAAACUUUGGCGAACGCUCCUGUGUCAAAAGCGCCAGAAGGGAAUUUAUGAUGCGGUCUUGAACAUCAAGAGUUGACGUUCCGCGCAAAACACUCCGUUCAGCGACGUAUAAGAAUAAUAAUAAUGGUGAUGAGGAAGGCGACGAUGACGAUGAUGAUGACGAUGACGAUUGUGGUGAUGAUGAUGAUGAUGAUGAUGAUGAUGAUGAUGAUGAUGAUGAUGAUGAUGAUGAUGAUGAUGAUGAUGAUGAUGAUGAUGAUGAUGAUGAUGAUGAUGAUGAUGAUGAUGAUGAUGAUGAUGAUGAUGAUGAUGAUGAUGAUGAUGAUGAUGAUGAUAUGUGGACAACAAAUCAACUGCUGGUUACCCUACCCUUGACCUAA